AUGACUAGCAAAAACUACACUGCCGUGACAGAAUUCUUUAUUUUGGGGUUGACAGAUGACCCAACCCUUCGUGUUUUCUUCUUUGUGGUAUUUCUAGGAAUCUAUUUUGUCAUUUUACUGAGCAACCUAAGCAUCAUAACAUUGAUCCAAAAGAGCUCCCAACUUCACACUCCAAUGUACCUUUUCCUCAGCCACUUGGCUUUUGUAGAUAUUGGGCUUUCCUCAUCUGUCACACCUGUGAUGCUCAUGAGCUUUCUUAGGGACAUGACCUCAAUCUCUCUGUCAGGCUGUGCAGUUCAACUUUAUUCUCUAGUUGCCUUUGGGACAACUGAAUGUUUAUUGCUGGCUGUGAUGGCCUAUGAUCGGUAUGUGGCUAUCUGUAGUCCCCUACUCUACUCCACCAAUAUGUCAACUAAAGUCUGCAGUCUUUUAAUCAUCACAGCUUACCUAGGUGGUUGUUGGAAUGGUUGGACCUUUAUUGGUUGCUUAUUGAAUUUGUCUUUUUGUGGACCCAAUAAAAUCAAUCACUUCUUCUGUGACUACUCACCUUUGCUGAAACUUUCUUGUUCCCAUGUUCCUCUUGUUGAAAUUCUUCCUUCUUUCUCUUCAGGAUCGGUAAUUGUAAUAGCAGCUUUAAUUAUAACUAUCUCUUAUGUUUAUAUUCUCUUCUCAGUCCUGAGGAUGCGCUCCAUUGAGGGGAGAUCCAAAGCUUUCUCCACAUGUACUUCCCACCUUACUGCUGUUACACUGUUCUUUGGGACCAUUACAUUUAUUUAUGUGAUGCCUAAGUCAAUAUAUUCUACUGAUCAGAACAAAGUGGUGUCCAUUUUCUAUAGUGUAAUAAUCACCAUGUUGAAUCCCCUGAUCUAUACUCUGAGAAACAAGGAAAUGAAAGGGGCCAUGAAAAAAUUGAUAGGCACAAAACACUUAUUUUUAUAA